CUCCCAAAUUAUGUCAACAGAAGAUGAGAGACAAAGUUUAAUCCAGAAAAUCAACAGUUUGACUGCUCUUAUACAAAAUGCCACUAAAGAGAAGCAAAACAAGAAUGCCAUUGAAAGAAGACAACAAACAUCCUCAUCUAGAUACAAAGUACCACAAAGGGAGUCAAAAAGAAACUGGUACAGCUCUAGUGCAGAACCUAAACAGCCAACUGAAAAUGCAGCAAGCUCACAUGUUUGGGUAAAGAACAAACUCCUAACAAAAAAAGACUGUUCAGAUAUAAAGGAAGUGGCUCUAAAUGCUCAAAAUCCAACUACCUCAAACAGUUCCUAUCAGAGAGGGUCUACCAGAAAGGUAGAAAAUGCUAGUAAAUCUUUGAGGAAAGAAGCGCUAGAGAACAAGUUAAGGGAGACUGAGGAAAAUAUUCGUAAAUUGAAAAUGUGCAUUACUCAAAAAAGGGAAACACAGAAGAAUGUAGAAAUGUCAUUAUGUCAAGAUUCAAAAGCUGCCUCUGCAUCCAAAGCUUGUGAUGAAAUGGCUUUUGACAAACCAACACUGCCAACAAGACCAGGACAUUCUAAAGAAUUAAAACCCAAAUCAAAAACACCAAUAUCAGACCUCAUUUCUUGCAAUAUGCAGAGUUGGGGGCAUAAAGAACACACUCGGGGCUCUUGUGGUAGAAGCAAGUUUUGUAAGAAAAGUGUAUUGAAACAACAGCCAUCCAAAGUUCAGUGGAAGCCAUUUGGAGUUAAGAAGGACACCUCUAUAACUCCCAUUUCAGAUCUCAUUACAAAGAAUUUACAAAGGGAACAGUCAAUAAGAUUAGGCCAAAAUCAUCCACUCUUAACAAAUCAACAAAUUAAGACACAUGAAAAGCUCAAAUAUGAGCAGCCAUUUAGAAAUCAGCACAAGCAUUCCACUUUCAAAAAGUGUCCAUUAAAGUUAAAUGUGAAUUCUGUUACUCCCAUUAGUGAUCAGAUAACUAGAAAUCUUGCCAAAAAGAAAACUCCAAAGUAUCCAAAAUUCUCUAAAGACAAGAAAUGGACUAAAAAUAAUUUAUCACAUGUGUGCAAUACACAGUCUUCCUCAGGUCAGCUUAGCUGGCAGCCACAGUCCAGGACUGACAAUAAGUACACCUGGCAAUCAAAAACAAGUAAAUCUCAGAGGGCAGCAAGUGGCAUCAAGUCUAAGUACAAGAUAUCUUACACAGCAUACAGAAAUCAGUCCUGGAAAAGCAAGCAUACUCCAGGGAAUACUAGUACAUGGGAAAGGUUCAGUUCUUCAGGAUCUUAUGGACGUGAUAUUAAAGGAGGCCUGAAACAUGGAACUUCCACAAGAAAUUUUAAAUACAGCACAUGGAUAAGAAGAGAGUCUUGGAGAUAUAAGCAGAAAGUGAAAAGGCUACACAACACAACAUUGAAGAAAUCAAGAUAUCAGUUGGAUAAGCGUGGACAGUUACCAGAAGUGAGAUCAGGACAGGUCACAAGGGCAAUGGCCUCAGUACUUCAAGGUCAGUGCCUGGUGAUGAUUGAUGGAAGAGUAUACAGAACGAGUCAGUCACAGCUAGCAGGAACACAUGCAUCACCGAGCCAGGCUAGGAGGGGCAGAGUGUCAGUGAUGAAAAAGAAUUUCAGCCUUACUCCUCAAGUAUACAGAAAAUGGAAAUCUAGCCUUACUCCUCAAGUAAAUAGAAAAUGGAAAUCUAGCCUUACUCCUCAAGUAAACAGAGAAUGGAAAUCUCAGCACCUUGCAAAAACAAUAAACUCCCACAACUUCACCAUGAGGAUACUUGCCAGUCGAGUCUUACAAAAGAGCAUUCAAACAGCUGCAACCAAAUUCAAGAAAAAGAAGACUGAGCAAUAUUGUAUGUUUUACAACCGAUUCGGGAAGUGCAAUCAUGGGGAUAAGUGCAAGUACAUCCAUGACCCAGAAAAAGUGGCUGUAUGUACAAGAUUCCUGCGAGGGACGUGCAAUAUUGUUGACUGUCCUUUCUCUCAUAAAGUUGACAAAGACAAAAUGCCAGUGUGCUCCUACUUCUUACGAGGGGUCUGCAGUAGAGAUAACUGUCCAUACCUCCAUGUCAAGGUCAACAAGAAUGCUGAGGUGUGUCAGGAUUUUCUACAGGGAUUUUGUUCUAAAGGGGCAAAGUGCAAGAAGAGACAUACACUAACCUGCCAAUCAUUUGCUGCAAGUGGAUCAUGUCCUGAUGGAGACAAAUGCAGGCUUAAACAUCAUAAACAGAAAACUAGGAAAAGAAAGUCAUCAGAAACCAACACUAAAAAUGCAGCCUUAGAGAAGUUACCUGAUGAUUUAGAUGAAACUUCUGAAAACAUCCCACUAAAGCAGAGAAAACUACCAGCAUACAUCUCUAUAAACAAGACAAGUGGGGGUCAGAAGGUAGAUACCCUACCACCAGUGGAAACAUCAGGACAAAACAAAAAACUGAAGAUCAAGCCUGAGUUUUGAUCCUGAGAAUCAUCAAAUUAGGGGUGCUGUAAGUAGGCCAAUUAAGAAGAUUGAUAUUUAGUCCAGUUUUAAUAAAUUUUACUUUACUUUUGUCAGAGUUUUGGGUGAAAGAGACCAUCAGAGAUCCUUGGAGAUUAUUUUAUGUGUGUAGAAAAACGAAUAAAAUUAAUAUUUUUGAA